AUGGUACUGCCACGGUUUGUAACAGUUAGCCUGACUAUUAUGUUAAUUGCUCUACUGUCAUUGAUGACCUGUCUAAUGGCCAUAAUAGAAGGAUACUCGCAACCUAUACCUCGAGAGGGCGCUACUCCAGACACCGGCCAGAUUUCCAAACUGCGGAAAAGUCGACAAAGUGACAGCGUCCAUUUAUUGGUCGUGGUUAUGGAUGGCACCAGUCCGUCCUUUAUAAAGGAACUUAUGGACAAUGAUUCUAAUAGUAUGUACAUUACAGAGUCAUCAUUUAUAGAAGGCGUGUCUUCGCCGAGCGCUGUCGAAAUUAUGGAAGCGAUAUAUACAUGCAAUUUUACAAAGCUCGUUCAAACAAGAAAUUUACCGAUUGACAAUCCUGACUCGAAUAAAAACAGUUUUAUAUACCACGCCCUCUCGAGGUAUUCUUUUUUGCUCACACAGGACCAGCUAUCACAAGUUAAAAACAAUUAUACGACGUUAGAUGAUGUCCUUUCGGAUAUAUGCGACAGAAAGCGCUUCAGCGUUAUUGAAACAUCGCGACUGAAUAACUUCCAGGAGAUCAGUAAACUUGCAACGAUGGUCAAUCUGAAAAUCAUUCACCUCGUUCGCGAUCCACGUGCUACAUUCCGAUUAAAAAUUACACACGAGAGCACGGUAGGAGAACGUACUAUUUCACAAAAAGACGUUGACGACUUCUGUAAUUUGCUAAAUAAAAAUGCAAUGCUCUUACAAAAUUGCCCCGAUUGGCUGGAAGGUCGAUAUUUGCUGUUACGUUACGAAGACGUCAUUAUGCACCCCAGCCAGCAGGUGGAACAUAUUAAUGAAUUUCUAAACAUAAACCUGCGUACACACGGUGUAACUUUCACCCAUAACGGCGAUGAUCUCCAACAAGAUGACCCAUUAUCAUUUCUAAGCGUGUCAGCAAUUCAAGAAAAAUGUUCUUUUGCGAUGAAAUUGUUAAGCUACAAAUCAGUAAAUAGUAUUUCAGAGCUAACGGAAAUGACUUCAAUCGUUGGACACCAACCAGCAUUACGAUACUGUACUAGGAAUAGUGGUGGGAGCAGCUAA